AUGCAUAAGCUCAACGAUCGCGAUAGUCCUAGCGGACACAGCGAAUCCGAGCACGCCUCAGAGCUGCUGUGCGGCACAGUACGACCCGCCGGUCUGGGUAUUGGGUCUGGAGAUGUCCUUUCAUCCCUGCAAGAUGGGGCCCGAGCACCGCAGACAUCAUUGCGACCGUUUGAUGUGAGCCUGUUUUCUGCCCCAUAUGUGCUGAUCAGUGAGAAAUAG